GUUAUUUUUCUUUUCUGCGCCCGCUGGCCGCCAACACAUUACCGCCCCUCUCUCUCAUUCCUCGUUCAUUUCUCUCCUUCGACUUCAGUUACUUGAACGAUCAAGAUGAAAUACAGCCGUUGAUAUCAUUACAAGUAACAUUAAUUUACUCCAUAAGUAGCACCCACCAAAUCCUUUUCUCAUUUCUGACUCAUUCUCUGUGUGUGAUAAUUUUGGUAUUGAAAGUCUUCGAAAGAAUCAUAGCAUAGCACCACUACAUCGCUUUUUAAACGAGUACUGUUCUAAGUUCAUACUUCAACAGGCCCAGCAUUACCCGUUCAAAGAAAUCAUAACUUGUACGUUUUCACCUCUCUCCAUGUUACACCUCUUGAUUUUCUAUCACUAAUUUUCUUUUCUUUUAUUGGCUUUUUAAAACCUUAUUGGAUCUGUAGCUAAUUGAGUUUUGAGUUUGUUUCUUGCGAAUCAAUGUGUUUCGGGAGGAUCACCGGUUGAGCCAAAAAAAUAAAAAAGUUAAAGCGAAGAAAAAAAAAAAAAAAGAGGAGCUCGAAUUCUGGAGAAAAAUUCUGCUGCCAACUAGAAUUUGAAAUUUAUGCCAUUUUGCAGGAAAGAAAACAAAAAGAAAGAAAUCACGAAAAGAAAACUCGGUGGAAACAGCUCGUUUUUGGCUUCGAGUUUUAGCUUCAAUGGAAGCGAAGCACAUUUUCCCUUCCAUUUUUAUUAUGGGUUUGGCUUUAUUUCUCGUAAAUGCAGACCCAGUAGAGGAUAAGCGAGCUUUGCUUGAUUUUGUCAACAAUUUGCCUCACUCUCGAUCGCUCAACUGGAACGAAAGCUCGCCAGUUUGCAGCUACUGGACUGGAGUCACUUGCAGCAAAGAUGGGUCUCGUGUAAUAUCAGUUAGAUUGCCUGGUGUUGGAUUUCAGGGCCCUAUUCCACCAAACACUCUUGGUCGUCUCUCGGCGUUGCAGAUUUUGAGCCUUAGAUCCAAUCUUAUUAGCGGCCAUUUUCCCUAUGAUUUCUCUAAUCUGAAGAAUUUGUCUUUCCUUUAUCUUCAAUACAACAACCUAUCUGGGCCACUGCCUGCUGAUUUCUCUGUUUGGAAUAAUCUCACCAUUGUUAAUUUGUCCAACAAUAGAUUUGAUGGGAGUAUUCCUCGUUCCCUUUCUAACUUGACUCAUCUUGCAGUUUUGAAUCUCGCAAACAAUUCACUUUAUGGUGAGAUCCCUGAUUUUAAUUUGCCCAGUUUGCAACAGAUAAACUUGUCUAACAAUGAUCUCACUGGCAGUGUACCCAAGUCAUUUACAAGAUUCCCCAACUCUGUGUUUUCUGGUAACAAUAUUUCAUUUGAAACUUCUGCUUCUCGCGUUCCGCCUGUUCCUGCUCCUAGUAUGGCGCCUAAUCCGAAAUCCAAGAAUUCUAGAGAGCUUGGUGAAACAGCACUGCUAGGGAUUGUAAUUGCUGCAUGUGUUCUGGGGUUUGUGGCAUUUGCUUUCUUGAUACAUGUUUGUUGCUCAAGAAAGAAGGGAAGGAAUGAGUUCUCAGACAAGUUGCAGAAGGGAGAAAUGUCGCCUGAGAAAGUGGUUUCAAGGACUCAGGAUGCUAAUAAUAGAUUGGUUUUCUUUGAGGGAUGUAACUAUGCCUUUGAUUUGGAGGAUUUAUUGAGGGCUUCAGCUGAGGUAUUGGGAAAGGGUACAUUUGGUAUGGCUUAUAAAGCGAUACUGGAGGAUGCAACCGCAGUGGUGGUAAAGAGGUUGAAGGAAGUAAGCGUCGGGAAGCGGGAUUUUGAGCAACAGAUGGAGGUUGUUGGAAGUAUUAAGCACGAGAAUGUGGUUGAGCUUAGGGCUUACUACUAUUCCAAAGAUGAGAAGCUGAUGGUGUAUGAUUAUUACAGUCAGGGGAGUGUUUCUGCUAUGCUGCAUGGUAAAAGAGGGGGAGAACGGAUUUCCCUAGAUUGGGAUAACAGAAUGAAAAUUGCUUUAGGUGCAGCAAGAGGGAUGGCACGUAUCCAUGCAGAGAAUGGUGGGAAAUUUGUCCAUGGGAACAUCAAAUCAUCAAACAUAUUUCUCAACUCCAGAAGGUAUGGCUGUGUGUCUGAUAUUGGUUUGUCAACUAUAAUGAGCCCACUAGCCCCACCUAUAUCUCGUGCUGCUGGUUAUCGAGCCCCAGAAGUGACAGACACCAGGAAAGCAGCACAGCCUUCAGACAUCUACAGCUUUGGCGUGGUGUUACUUGAGCUUCUAACCGGAAAGUCCCCUAUUCAUACUACCGGCGGUGAUGAGAUUAUCCACUUGGUGAGGUGGGUUCAUUCAGUAGUUCGUGAGGAGUGGACAGCUGAAGUGUUUGAUGUGGAGCUAAUGAGAUGUCCAAAUAUUGAAGAAGAGAUGGUGGAGAUGUUGCAGAUAGCUUUGUCUUGUGUAGUGAGGAUGCCAGAUCAAAGACCUAAAAUGCCAGAAGUAGUGAAAAUGAUAGAAAAUGUCCGACGAGUGGACACCGAAAAUCGUCCAUCUUCUGAAAACAGAUCUGAAAGUUCUACACCUCCACCUCCGGCUUCUGACAGAGAAUCCUGACACCGCAAAAUUCAGGGGGGAAAAAAAAGCCAUUUGUCUAUGUUUUGUUUUUUUUUUUUUAAUCUUUUUUCCACCCAGACUGCUCAUUUAUUUUCAUCUCAAUCCGAGGAACAACUUUUCUUUU